AUGUCCAGAGAAAGGGAGAGAUUUGAUGAGAUAGGCAAGAAGCUCAAAAGAGAAUCAGAUGCCUCUCAUCAAAGGGGUAGAAGACACAUGUCGGGCCCUCCUGGAACCCUAAAUACAAUUACUCCAUGUGCUGCUUGUAAGCUCUUAAGAAGGAGAUGUGCACAAGAAUGCCCAUUUUCUCCAUAUUUCUCUCCACAUGAACCACAGAAGUUUGCUUCUGUUCACAAAGUUUUUGGGGCCAGUAACGUCUCGAAGAUGCUGAUGGAGGUUCCAGAGAGCCAAAGAGCUGAUGCAGCUAAUAGUCUUGUUUAUGAGGCUAAUGUGAGGCUAAGAGAUCCAGUUUAUGGGUGCAUGGGUGCAAUUUCAGCCUUACAACAGCAAGUUCAAUCUUUGCAAGCCGAACUUAAUGCAGUAAGGAAUGAAAUACUGAAAUACAAAUAUAGGGAAGCAAACAUAAUUCCUUCUUCCCAUGUAGCUUUGCUUUCUUCUGGGGCUGUUUCGAUUGCUGCACCAUCACCAGCCCCCUCGACGCCACCGCUCCCAACACCACCUCCUCCUCCUUCCUCAUCUUCUUCCAUGUACACUCAACCGAUCAGUAGUACUGCUGCCGAUUAUAGCACAAUUUCGACUGAAAAUGUCUCCUUCUUUAGUUAA